GCUGAAACUCCAGGAAGUUGGCAGGUCUCUUUUGAAUGGCAAGAAGAACUGAUCGAGGGAGGUUUAAAUCACCAUCAAACGUCUGUCAGCAUCAUGAAACCCUCUCCAGCCCUUCGUCAGCAAAGUCAUACUAAAAUCCGCAGUGAAAUUCAAAGAAUGAAGAAUGAGCACAACAUAAAACAAGCAGAGCCAAAACUUUCCAAAGUCAUGUCUUCGCUCCACAUUUCAAACAAAGAUGUUGAGAACAAAGAUCCGACAGAAAGUCGUCGAAAGCCGCCUUCGCAACCAGGUGUGAGCUUCCUACCUGUACUCGCAAAGUCCCUUAAUCUUCGGUCCACCUCUGAAUUCAAGGAGUCAUAUUCCAAGUGGGAAGAGAAGCCUUUAGCUGGUAAAGCGAAAAAGAAGUCAUGUACACGGCCUGUGCCGUUUAACUUCUCGCAGCCAAAAAGCACAAAGAGGGUCGAUGGAAACCGUGAACCUUUAACAGCCCCUCAGUCAAGGACUCGUGCUAACCACCCUGAGCCCAGUGCAUCCAAAACAAUACCCAAUAAACAUCGAGACGUUUUGAAGAGCGGCUGCAGUUCAGUAAAAGGUUUAUGUAAAUCCAACGAAAAGGCAGCAGUAAAUACAGCUCAUCUUUCAGGGAAGCCCAGCCCAAAAUUAAAGACUUCAGCCCCUUUGUAUGAUCCUUUGUUCACUUCUGGUAACAAAGUGAAGCAGAAUGUAAGUAUCCCUCCUGCCCGGACUCCUCUUCAUCCGAGGGUCGGUUCUGACCUGCCUGGUGGCAAAGAUCCUCUCAAGACGACCCUUCCUGAUCAGAUUGCGCUACUGACCACACAGGCCAGUCGUUUAAAACCUUUAAAUGAUAAAAGUGAGAACUUCCAACCUGACCCUGCAGCUUCAAUGAGUAUCCUUAAGAAUAAGGGCCCUCAGCGAGUGUUGAUUAUGAAGAGUCAACAAAAAGAUAGCCCCAUCACAGGACCAAUGCGGUCGGUGCCGUUCUCGCCAGACCCCAGCGCUCUACAGAGUAUCUUACAGAACAAAGGCGUGACGGCUGUGGGAGCCAUGCAGAGAAAUUCAGUGUGUCCACCUGGCAGAAACACCUCGAUAUGGAGUGCUCAGAGAGUGCCUGUUAAGAAAAGUUGUUCUAAAUCGACCAGUCGUUCAGGGGCGGCACAGAGGGUGCACAACAUCGGACAUCACCCCAUGUCUGCUAUGAAGUGCCAUCCGUCGCCAUACGACACCCUUGGACAAAAAAGCUACAAAAGCAAUAUUCACAGUCAGGUGGGGGUUGUCCAGAGGUUGUUUGAUGAUCCAGAAGAUGAACAGGGCACCGCUGAGACGGCUAAAAAUCCCAGGAUAACAGAGCAGACCCCAGUUCCAGCCUCCUCUGAUAAACCUCCCAGUGAGGUGAAGUCAGAGAGGUGUGAGAGUGACACUGAUGAUGAUGAUGAUGAGGAUGAGGAGCACAAGGCUUUCCUCCAGGCACCACCAAGGGAGUCCGUCAUCUUUUUCUCCACUGGAAAAAAGUUGAUCAGAGCCCCUCGGUUUGAGACCCAGGAAGGCUCAGACCAGCAGGAUCCAGUUUCAUCAGAACAGAACAAGUUUGCAACUGCACACGGCGGUCCGUCAGAGCCGGCUCAUCACAUCCACCCUGCCGUUCAGCAGCUGCACAAAGACGUCAUCACUCGGAAGCCUUGCUCCUUGAACCCUGUGGCGGCCAUGUUACGGAAGCGUCUUCCCCCUCUGGAGGAGCUGCUGAUAGAAGAGGAGGUGGCGAGCUACACCUCCGUGUCCGUCCCCGCAGACUCCGGGUCUGCGCCGCGUCAGCCGCGCUGUAGAGACCCGGUGGCCUCCGUUUUGCACUUUGAGGACUCCACGAGAUUUGUCCCGAUUGGCUUUGAGCUCCUUUCUGGUCCUUCAUCUGUUCACCUCUUCACACCAGAGGAGAUGAUUUGCUCAGCGAGAACACUAUGAAAAGCCAACGGCAGCAACACUUCUACUGCGAGUUAGUUUGAAGUCACAGAAGACUCUUCCAUCAGUAUUUUUUUAAAACUGUUGUAUUAAUCAAGAUAUGUUUUGAUAUAUCAGAAUGACAGGCUUUUGCUAUUAAUAAACCUUGUGGGGAUUAAAAUGAUGUACAGACUUUACAGAAUAAUAAAACUUUGUUACACUUGA